UACAGUAAAGCGCUUAACUGAUACCGUUGAACAUUUGGUAUGAUUCUGAACUUACCGUAACCGUAACGUGCAGAUAAGAUGGAAGGUGAAAAAUACUACCUUGGAUUCGACUUCAGCACUCAGCAGAUAAAGUUGAUAGCUGUGGAUGACAACUUGAAGGUUGUGUUUGAAGGACAUGUCAAGUUUGAUACAGAUCUGCCGGAAUUUGGGACAAGUGGCGGUGCAUGUGUACAUGAUGAUAAGGUGACAGUCACAGCUCCAGCAGCUAUGUGGGUCAAGGCUCUGGACAUGCUGUUAGAUCAAAUGAAGAGUGAAGGAUUUGAUUUUUCAAAGGUUGCUGGAAUAUCUGGAGAUGGACAGCAACAUGGCAGUGUUUACUGGAAGAAGGGAGCUAGAAAUGUUCUGGGUAACAUGCAGCCUGACAAGUCUAUGUAUGAACAGCUUAAAGACUGUUUCAGUUUGAAAGAUUCACCUAUAUGGCAGGACGCAAGUACUGGUUCUCAGAUUAUACAGCUUCAAGAUGCCAUAGGAGGAGCUAUGGAGCUUGCACGUCUGACUGGUUCCCGUGGAUUUGAGAGGUACACAGGGACCCAGAUUAUGAAAAUAUACCAGACAAACAGAGAAGCCUAUGAUAACACAGAGAGGAUAUCGCUGAUCAGUAGUUUUGCGGCCUCGUUGUUCAUGGGAGACUAUGCACCAAUAGACUUUGGUGACGGCUCAGGUAUGAACCUCCUUGACAUCAGAAACAAAGUUUGGGCAUCAAAAUGCUUAGAGGCAUGUGGUCCUUGUUUAGGGGAUAAAUUAGGUGAGCCAGUACCCUCCAAAACAGUUGUUGGCAAUGUCUCAUCAUACAUGAGUAGAAAAUAUGGGUUCCCAUCAACAUGUAAGGUUGUGGCUUUCACGGGGGACAAUAUGUGUUCGCUAGCUGGGCUGGCCCCAAGAAAAGGAGAUAUUAUGGUCAGCAUGGGAUCAUCCGAUGUUAUACUGAUCAUAGUUACAGAGCCUCCUUCUACACUUCAUCCUUGUGCCAAUAUCUUGAUUGACAAUUUUGAUGACUAUUUUCUUCUAAUUGGCUUCAAGAAUGGUUCAUUGACACGAGAGAAUGUGAUGAAUCGUUGUGCGGGAUCAUGGAAGAAGUUUGAUGAAAUGCUGCUGAAAACACCGCCAGGCAAUAAUGGCAAUAUAGGAAUCUACUUUGACAAGAAAGAAAUACAACCAGUUGCCAUGGGAACAUUCAGAUUUAAUGAAAAUGAUGAACGGGUUGAAAGUUUUCCACCCGAGGUCGAGGUUCGAGCAGUACUGGAGGGCCAGUUUCUGGCACGACUUAUGUAUGCUAAAUUAUGUGGACUACAAAUAGGUCCAGAAUCCCGUGUUAUAGCCACAGGUGGUGCCUCCGCUAAUCAAGCCAUUCUUCAGAUAAUAGCAGAUAUAUUCAACACAUCAGUAUAUAUCACAGAUGUACCAAACUCGGCAGCAUUAGGAGGGUGCUACAGGGCUAAACAUGCAUUGAUGCCAGAAGGAACACCAUAUAGCGAAGUUGUGAAAGGGUUACCUGAACCUACCUGCGCCUGUAAACAUACUCCAGGCUUGGAAAAGGUUUAUAUGCCAAUGUUGGAAAGAUACAAAAAGCUGGAGGAAAAAGUUGCUGCAAUGUAACAUAGAGAUGGAAAUAUUCUCACUAAUAAGACUGUAUAAUUAGGUUAUGCAGAAAUGUUGUGUUCAUCAUUCUGUACAUAAAUGGCACUGAAACUUGUGAAAUACUUGAGCCGUGCCAUGAGAAAACCAGCAUAGUUGGUUUGCGACCAGCAUGGAUCCAGACCAGCCUGCGCAGUCUGGCCAGGAUCCAUGCUGUUCGCUAGCAGUUACUCUAAUUGCAAUAGGCUUUGAAAGCGAAUAGCAUGGAUCCUGACCAGUCUGGGUGGAUGUGCAGGCUGGUCUGGAUCUAUGUUGGUCACAAAAGCACUAUGUUGGUUUUCUCAUGGCGCAGCUCACUUGUGUUUACUGUAAGAAAGAGAAUGAAUACUCAUUCAUAUGAUUGUUCAUUGUACAGAUAAGACACUAAAUAUCAGUGGGUUUUUAGUGUUUUUAAUUGUGGAAAUCAUUUCCACUCUGUUCAAGACGACUACUCAAAAUGUAACGCAUGUCCUUACAUAGUUAUCCUUGACUGGCUUAAAUUUUAAUUGCAUUCCUUUUUAAUUUUCAUAUGUAUCCCGAUUUUAUACCUCGCAAUAACGUUAUAUGCCACAAAAUGGCAAUUUUUACAGUAAUAUUAUAUAAAAUUUAUAUAUACAUAUAUUAAUGUACCCUACAUUUUUAGCUCACCUGAGCACAGUGCUCAAGGUUAGCUAUUGUGAUUGCCCUGUGUCUGUUAACGGCUGUCACGAGCUCUAGGGCUCACAAAUUUUGCCUUAAAUGAAAAUUUGGUCAGAAAUGUUUGGCGAUAUGAUUGAGUCAAGUGAGGUCAAACACUGUUAAAUCAUAACAAAAGUGUAAUCUCUGGAGGCCACACUUUGUUACUGAUCUACAUGAAAUCAUGUCGUGAUAUUUAGUUUUAUAAAUUCUAGAUAAGUUAGCUGCUGGGUCAUAACCUAGUUCAUUAAGUCAGAUCAUAGAAAAGAAAACCUUGUUAAUAUCCCAGAGGGCAAAAGUUUUUCCUGAUCUACAUGAAACUUGAUAAGACAGAGCUUUUCUGCACUUCCUUUAUCUCUUUCUAAACUAGGUACUCUUUGGUUAAAACUUAGGUCACAUUUUUGAAAAACCGUAUAAAUAAAGCAGAGUCCAUAUUUUUUCUCUGAUCUAUAUGAAACCUGGUCAGGAUCGCUGUCAUGAUUGAUCAAAGACAAGUUUUAGUCUGGGUCAUCAUGGAUCAAAGACAAGUUUUAAACUUAGUCAUCUUUGAUAGCUGUAGAGGUCACCUAUUCUACCAGAUUUAUAUGUCUAUGAAGUUUUAUAACCCUUUUGAAAUGUUAUAAAUUGAUUUAAAAGAAGGUUCCAGGGCAGAUAGAGCAUGUCUCCUCCUCUUGUAGGAUUUGGGAUACCUUAAUGUAAUUUAAUGCAAAAUUUGGUGCUUUCUUCACAAAAGGGAACAUGUUUGCCAUUUUUUGUUCCAUAUCUUACUUGCUAUAUGGAAUUAUGGAUCUGAAUCUAUGUAACUAGGUCAAAUCGUUAACAAUCUGAUGACUAAGAUUGAUCAUAUCUGAUUUUGUCAAGUAGAACAAUGCCAGCUGGUAGGGCUAGUUUCCUUAUGUGUUACUAAACCUGUUCUGAGUUAUUGAACUUGGGUGAGCAAUCUAGAGCCAUCAUGGCCUUUUUGUUUAAAUAUUUUUAGACAACAUUUAACACUGUUAUGAUUUUAAAAUCUGCAUGUACAGUUAAAUAAACUGUAAACUAAGA